GAGGGUUGAGCAGGAGUUAGUGGCUGCUGGCUGCUGGUGUUGCCAGUGUGUUGUCCAAUAAGUGUUACCAUGAUGGAUCCCCCGCUCAAUGUGGUUACUUUCUUUACCUUCCUGCUGCUGUUCGUGGUAGUUCACGCACAUGCCAAAAAUAAUAUAUUUGCGAAGGGAAAUGACUUGGCAGUUAACUCUGCUAACCAACUCUGGCUGCUGGGAGACCAACCACAACGCGCAUCAAGAACUGUCAGGUUUAACACUAAACUAUUCGUUGUACACACACCGCCGCCUCCACCAGAUGUCUCCUCGCAAUCCACAGACACGAACCUUCACAUUCAACACAUGAGUGAAAAGCAGACCUGGAGCGGCGAGACUUCCAACCAUGUCUUCCCAGACACCGUGCGUCGCGCCCUCAACAAUUCUACAGAAACUGAUGUUAAUGUGUCUGAGACUGGUUCAAGCCCUUUAACACAAGCUGGUAUCUCGUACGAAAGAACGUGCGACCCAAGUCGGAUGUUCAGGUGUCGUAACGGAGAAUGCAUCACUAAAUACUUCCGGUGCGAUGGCAGUCCAGAUUGUGCUGAUAGCUCUGACGAACGAGGCUGCGGUGUAGAAGAAAACGCUUGCAAGAAAAAUCACUUCAUGUGUGUCAAGAACAAAGCGUGUAUUCCCCUGCUGUGGAAAUGCGACAACGAAUCUGACUGUAUAGAUGGUUCCGACGAAUAUAACUGCUCUGUAAGUAUUGCUCGCAUUAGUAGAGGCUUUCAAAAGCUUUAG